CAAAAACAUUCCACUAAGCUUUCCAUGGAAAAUUAAUUUUAUAGAUCCCGUCUUUCUGCUUCUUUAAGGAUUUGCAGCUUUCGCCUCUAGACCUCCUGAUAAAGUCGUCGGCUUUAUAUAUUGUGUAUUAUAUAAAAAGAUCUCUAUUUUACUUAUUAAUGCUACCCCACCGCUAUCCUGGCACAAAUCCAUCCACUUAUGGCCAGCCCGGCCACAGUUCCUCUAUGAGUCAAACAGGCCAUUCUCCACAGUUCGGCCAGCCCGGCUACAGUUCAUCCAUGGGCCAAGCUGGCCAUACUUCGCAGUUUGGCCAGCCCGGCUUUAGUUCGUCUAUGAGCCAAACAGGUCAUUCUCCGCAGUUUGGUCAGCCCGGUUACAGUUCAAAUUUUAGUCAAUCUAAUACGUCCUCACCGUCUUAUGGCCAGCCUGGCUACGGGCAGACAACUUAUUCUCAGCCGUCUUAUCCUCCACAAGGAGCUUACAAUACUCCAGGCUUGACUCAGGGCUAUCCGCCUACUCUCCCUGUAAUUAACGUGUCAACUUCCGCCGUUAAUUUGAUGGAGUUAUUUCGCAAAGUUGAUCGUAACGGAAGUGGUAGAAUCUCUUCCAGUGAACUUCAAUCAGCCCUUGCCAGCGGGAUGCAGCACUCUUUCAACCCCGAAACAGUACGACUCAUGAUCAACAUGUUUGACCGAAAUCAAAGUGGAGAGUUGGAAUUUGAGGAGUUCAAAAACGUAUGGAAGUAUGUGGAAGACUGGAAACAUUCGUUUCUGCGAGCUGAUCACAACCGGUCCGGUUCCGUCGACCAUCAGGAGUUGUCAGCCACGUUGCAGGCGUCCGGCUUCAAUCUUUCCCCGUCUAUCGUCGCCAUGCUGAUUAGGAAGUUUGAUCGUUACGGCACUCACUCGAUGGCCUUUGACGACUUUAUACAGUGCUGCGUGAUGCUUCAGCUGCUCACUAACGCCUUUAAGGCCGAGGACGUUAAUCAAACUGGUAUAAUUCAGGUGCCCUACGAAAAGUUUCUCCAUAUGGCUUUUAGUGUUAAGCUAUAGACUUGAAUCCUGUAGGACUACCGCUAGUUGGAAAUUUUUUUAAAAUGCAAAAUGUCUCUUAUAAUAAAUAAAU